AUGGACAAAAAUAACCAGUCCAGUGUCUCUGAAUUCCUCCUCUUGGGUCUUUCUGAGAAGCCAGAGCAGCAGUGUCUCCUAUUUGGCAUCUUCCUGGCCAUGUACCUGGCCACCGUGGUAGGGAACCUGCUCAUCAUCCUGGCCAUUGGCUCUGACCCACACCUCCACACCCCCAUGUACUUUUUCCUGGCCAACCUGUCUUUUGCUGAUGCCUGUUUUUCUUCCACCACAGUCCCCAAGAUGCUGGUGAACAUCCAGCCACAUGGUCAGACCAUACCAUAUGGAGGAUGUUUGGCUCAGAUGCAUUUUUUCAUGAUGUUUGGGGCACUGGACGACUUCCUCUUGGGGGUGAUGGCCUACGACCGCUAUGGGGCCAUCUGCAGGCCACUUCACUACUCCACACUCAUGAGUCCACUUGUGUGCCUGCUCCUUCUUGCAGCAUGCUGGCUUCUCACCAACCUCGCUGCCCUCUUACACACCCUGCUCAUGGCUAGGCUUUCCUUCUGUGCAGGUAACGCCAUCCGUCACUUUUUCUGUGAUGUUGUCCCUCUGCUACAGCUCUCCUGCUCAGACACCAGCACCAACCAGGUAGCCCUGUUCACUGUGGGCUCCGUGAUACUCACUUGUCCUCUCUUCCUGAUCAUUCUGUCAUAUGCACGCAUCGUCUCCACUGUCCUCAGGGUCCUGUCUACCUCUGGCAGGCAAAAGGCCUUCUCCACCUGUGGGUCCCACCUCACCAUUGUCUUCUUGUUCUAUGGUGCUGCAAUUGGUGUCUACUUGUGUCCCCCUUCAUCACAGUCAGAGGGGAAGGACAGGGUUGCAGCUGUAUUUUACACAGUGGUGACCCCAAUGCUGAACUCCUUCAUUUACAGCCUCAGGAACAAGGAUAUGAAGACAGCACUCAGAAGGCUUUUGACCUGA